UCAGGCCCUUCAAACACAUUCUUCGUCCCUUUCUCCAUCAAGGGCCAGGACUAGGGAUCGGGCGAUGUUAUUAUUUUGACUCGCUCGGCACCUUACGAGAAAUCAAAGUUUUUGGGUCCUGGGGGGACUGUAUAGUGGAUAGGAGAGCAGGAUGCCUGCGCCUUGCCUUCACCUCGGCUUCCCUUCACUGUCAACCCCCAUUCCCAACCAAGCUCUUCUAGCCUCACCCAGCAUCAUCUACCAAAUGUUUCCAUCCCUUUUCUCUGCAUGUCGCCUCAUCCACAACCCGCUACACAUUCCCCCUCCCUCCACCACUCUGUUCCUUCCCUUCCAUCUCCAUCGUCCCAUUCGCCGCCCCCGGAACCAAGCGACCCAAUCACAGCGCGCAUGCCAAACUAGCCAGCAUCCCUUUCCCAAACACCGUCCCAAUAACAUCAUUUAUCACAUAUAGCUCCACUUUCCCAAUACCUCCUCAUCCUCAAUCAUCACCGAAAGCGCAAAACUCAGC